UUUUAGCAAAGUAACGGUUAUAUGAUUGUCUAGUCACCAGAUUAAAGAUAUUUUUUCGUUUUUCUACUUUUACCAAAGUUCUUUUUUUGUACGACCUUCAGUUGCGACAAGAAUCCUUUGGUUUUUUUUUAGCACAUUUCCAGUGCCCAAAUCUGUUUAGAUAAUCACUUUUGGUCAAAGUCAGAAAGGUAAUUAUUGCUAUUAGUUUUCCUGGAAAUCCACUUAAAUAUUAUAUUUCGCCAUAAUGAGCUUAAUUACCGAAUACUUAGCCAAAUGCUCUUAGCCGGGUUAACUCAGUUUCUUAGUUGGCAGCGAUUAUGGAAAGAUUCGAAUUUUGGAUCACAAUCUAGAAGUUGGUUUGAAAGGAUCUUAAUCGAUCGUUUCCCAGCGAUAGCCCACAAAGUAGUGACUUUCCAGUGCCGCCAAAACAGCACUUGAAAAGUGUUUUCGUCCAAACAAUUUGCACAGAAGCGUCCCGCGUCGUCUAGACUGUUUUAUUGGGUUUGGAAUAAUCGGCGGCUAAAUCUGAUCCAGUCGGUGGUUACUAUUCGAAGAUAAUUUUUGAGCAGCGCGGACUUUGCUCGUAGUGGGGACAUUCCCAAAACCAGCUGCUGACCAUGGCAAUGAUUGGGGCAGUUGCACAAAGAACCAUUUGGGACUGGUCGUGAACAAGAUUGUGGAACGAUAACUAGGUUCACCCAGUUCCCAUGAUAACACUACUGAAGCCCUUCUCUUAUCGAACUCCCGACCUCGUAUAUAUAAGAUCGUCCGAAGUGCUGCCACAACCAAAGCGCUACUACCAACCCAUCAACAUGGUCACCACAGGGCCAAUCGUUUCGCUCCUGGUCUUGUCCUUGGCACUGACCAGUGCCAGUAUACGUGUGGAGCUUCCAAAGAACUCCUCCUUGGGCGUAGGAAAUCCAGAGUCGCAGUCCCAAUCCUACCACACAAUUUCCAGGCUCAGACGCCUUGCAGUGGAGUUCUUCGCCCAGUACCAGAACAUAACGAUGUCCGAUCUGGCACAGGAUCUGUACGGGGAUAAGGAGAUGCGACUACCCACUACCGACGACUUGAGGUGCCUGGCAGAGCUGCAGACCCUGGCGAAAGAUGUGUCCAACAGAAAAUUGUGGGCCCUAAGAAUGAUUGACUCCUGGGGCACUUUUCCUUCGGGUAUCCUGUACGGCAAUCUAAUCGAUCUGGGCAACUUUGACGAGUGCUUGGGCAUAGAUCACGCUGUGACCUCCACCCACAACAUCCAGGGCAAGUACUGCCUCAGCAAGCUUCAGCUGGCACCUAGUAUCUCCACCUAUCUGGCACUCAAGACAGCGGUGUGCUUUCCCGCCUCCUGCUCCGCCGCCCACAUGGACACGAUGCUCCGAAGAUUGCUGCAGAGCCUCCUGGGCAUUGAGCUGAAUCCAGAAGUGACUCUGGUGAGUGAGAGCAGCUGCAAGACUGCCGAUCGGGAACCCUACGAUGCUCUAACCAUCUUCACAAUAGUCGUGCUAUCGAUACUGUGCGUCCUCAUGGUGCUGGCCACUGUCUGCGACUACUUGGUCUGCCAGGAUGACCAACCGCUAAAUAAGUGGAUUAAAGCUUUCUCCGCGCGCGCCAACUGCCGGGUUCUCUUCAGGUUGGUGGAACCCAGGAGCAAUCCCAAUGUGAUCGACUGCCUCCAUGGCAUUCGGGUACUGUCCUUCAUGUGGGUCGUCUAUGGCCACAUAUACCUCGUAUCUAUGUUUGGCCCCAACAUGAACUUUGUCAAACUGGACACGUGGCGCAGAUCGCCGUACAGUAUGCUAUUGCAACAUGCAGCAUACUCUGUGGACACGUUCUUCUUUUUGAGUGGCCUCCUGAUGGUGGUCAUCGCUCUAAGAGCAAUGGAAAGAACCAAGGGAAAGCUGAAUGUAUCCCUGAUGUAUCUGCAUCGCUAUCUGCGCCUCACUCCCGUCCUGGCCUUGGCUAUCAUCGUCUACAUGUCGAUUCUGCCCCGGAUGGGCGAUGGCCCACUGUACGGGAAGGUGAACUUCGAUGACUACACCAGGUGCAAGGACACCUGGUACUGGACCCUCUUGUACGUGCAGAACUAUGCCACCGAUGAUAUCUGCCUAAGCCAUUCCUGGUACCUGGGCGUGGACAUGCAGCUGUACAUCAUUGCACCCGUACUCCUGAUCUGCCUGUACAAGUGGGGCAAGAAGGCGGCCGCCGGGAUUCUGGUCGCCAUGCUGCUCCUUGCCGCUUGUCUCUUCAGCAUCAUGGUGAUCGGGAACGUUUCUCUCAUUGUGUCCAGCCAGGGGGCAAUGAGAAAGAUAUACUUCUCCACACACACCAGGGCGUCCCCGUAUCUGAUUGGCAUUCUGUUCGGAUACUUCCUGCACGUGAACCGGGGAAAGUCCUUCAAGCUCAGCCCCAUCGCGGUCGUCCUGGGUUGGCUGACCAGCCUGGCGCUGCUCUUCAGCUGCUUGUAUGCCGUCUACGGGUAUGCCUUGGAUGCGGAGGUGCCACCCAUUCUAGAGGAGGCCUUCUAUCUGACCUUCACCCGGAUCGCCUGGCCCCUCGGUCUCUGCUGGGUGGUCUUCGCCUGCAUGCACGGCUACGGAGGACUGGCCAACAGCUUCCUCUCCUCUCCCCUGUGGCAGCCGCUGUCCAAGCUAUCCUACUCCGCCUACAUCUUCCACAUGUUCAUGGAGAGCCUCAACGCCGGCAUUACGCGCACCAACACCUACUUCAGUGAUUACCAAGUGAUGCUUCGCUUCUGGGGCGACUUUGGUUUCACCAUGCUCCUCGCCUUCGCUGUGUACAUUCUGAUCGAGGCGCCGUUCGGAAAUUUGGAAGGCCUCCUGCUUCCCGCCAAGAAGCCCUGUCCACCACGCCCAGCUGUGGAAGAGUCGAAGGAGGCCCCGGUGGGAUGCAGUCACUCUGCGCCAACGUUGGAAAUUAAAUCGCCUCUUCCGGCAUAAGGAUCUCGAAACUAUUUAUGAGCAAAGACAUCAAUUAUAGG